CCAUUCGACUGCUAUGACGUCCGUGUGACGGGGGGCGACUCGGUCGGUCUGCGUUAGUAUGUGUCAUGCGUCCCGAGUGCGAGGAUCAGGUGUAAUGACGGUCAGAGUGCGGUUGAAGAUGCACCGCGCCGCGUUGUUUGUUGUGUUUCUAGUGCUCGUUGUGGACUCAGUGAGUGGGAUGAUGUUCGAGCACCGUCAAUGCAGCCACCAACACCCCAAAGCGCACGAGAUUGUUCACGGCGUCCACGUUGAUCCUGUCCACGAAGUCAAGAAGCGCAGCAUCAGUCAACCACUCAGGAUCCUCCUUUGGUACGACGAGAGCGUCUAUAGGCUGGAUGACGAGAAGUUCGACCUGAUAAACAACACCAUUCUUCCCGAGGCCGUCCAUUUUUGGGAAAGAGCGCUGAUGGUCCGAGAGACGAAGAACACGAUUCGUCUAAAUCGGAAAUGCGAGAGCAAUCAAGUCUUCGUCAAGAAUCAGCACACCUAUUGCAUCGACACGUGUCGGACCCAGACGGUGUGCGGCGAAGUCGUCGUCCCUCCUCAGCACCUUGACGUUUGCAGAACGUGCAACGCGACCGGUCACGACUGUGGAGUUGCCGAGGGAAGUGAAGCGGGCCCAGGAAUCGACGGUUCCGAUUUUGUGUUUUACGUAUCAGCGAUGCAGACGGAAAGAUGUCACAAGGGGCUGACAGUCGCUUACGCAGCUCAUUGCCAACAGGAAGCUGCCUUGGACAGGCCAAUAGCGGGUCACGCGAAUCUCUGCCCCGGCAGCAUCAGCACGAAGCCUCAAGAGCUCGAGACGCUCCUGAGCACAGUUAAGCACGAGAUCCUUCACGCUCUGGGCUUCUCCGUCAGCCUUUACGCCUUCUACAGGGACGAAAACGGCGAACCCCGCACCCCACGGCGCACCGAGACUGGAAAACCGACGCUGAACGAGAAGCUCCAAACUCACCAGUGGAGUGAAAAUACGAUCAAGACGAUCAGCAGACCGCGAUGGCAGGUUCACGGGGGCUCGGUGGAGAGACACAUGCAGAUGAUCGUGACGCCAAACGUACAGAAGGAAGUGAGGCGACACUUCAACUGCGACAAGCUCGAGGGCGCCGAGUUGGAGGACCAGGGUGAGGACGGAACGGCGCUCACUCACUGGGAGAAGCGGGUUUUUGAGAACGAGGCGAUGACGGGUACUCAUACCCAGAAUCCCGUCUACUCUCGUAUUACUUUGGCCCUAAUGGAGGACACGGGAUGGUACAGCGCUAAUUACUCCAUGGCGCAGGAACUUGGCUGGGGCAGGAAUCUCGGGUGCAAUUUCGCGAUGAAAUCUUGCAAGGAAUGGAUAUCGACGAAGUUGUCUCACUUCCCGGAUAAGAAGGGAAAAUCUAUUCACCCGUUCUGCAACAAGGUGAAACGUGAUCCGCUUCAUACCGAGUGCACGGACGAUAGAAGCUCCGUCGCUCUCUGCAACCUCAUCGAACAUCCACAACCACUGCCAAAGAAAUAUCAGAACUUUGACUCGAUACCACACGUCCCAUCGGGUAGAGAGGAAUACUACGGAGGUUCCGUAUCCUUGGCUGACUACUGUCCUUACAUCCAAGAAUUCACGUGGAAGGCGAGGAACAUCGUUGUCAGAGGGUCGCAUUGCCUCUACGAGGAGAACAAUCCUAUCAUGGACAAGAAUUUUGCCGUCGAGAAGUACGGGCCCCAGUCGAGGUGCUUUGAUAACGCGAAUCAGAUGUGGGAGGAGAGGAACUGCAAGCAGGCCAGACAGUGGCAGCAUUGGGGGUCUGGAUGUUAUCAGUACAAAUGCGAGCUUGGAAGAUUGCACAUCGUGGUUGGAAACUACACUUUCACGUGUUUUCAUUCCGGUCAAGAAAUCGCGAUAAGAAUAUUGCAGAACAAUUGGCUCCACAAGGGGGCUUUGAUCUGCCCACCCUGCAAAGACAUUUGUCAAGCGGAGUUCAAGGCUCGAGGAGAAUGGUGCAAAAAGGGCGAGGAACAGCCUCCGGCGAAUUUUUAUCCCAGGGAUAGUCUCAACUGCUCUUUAGCGACGAGAACGUCCGCCACUGGAAUUGUGCCCGUCUUUGCAAUGCUCGUAAUCUUUCCCGCGAUCUACAGGUGAUGUGUCGUUGGUAUUAGCUCGUUAUGUAUUGUUAUCAAAUGAAGGGUAUAUAUAAAUAGAAUUGACUGCCCUGAAGGCAGGCGAACACGAGGAAAUACAUUAUAACUUUUCAAUAACUACCGGAAACAUUGUCUGAACAAAUUAUCACAUAUAUAGUAUAAAUUAUUACACACACAAACAAAUGAAAAAAAAAUCACUGGGCAGGCGAAAAGAGAAGGAAAGAGGAAAGUAAUUUCACCGUUACGUCCAACCAAUUUCAAAAUGAUUAUUCAAUUCUAUAACGAAUGUAUACACAGGCAUAUAGGUAUACAACUAUGCAUGUGUAUAUAAAAAUCGGAGCUGAAGAAGAAAAUCAUUUAUACUUCUCUUACAAAAAUUUUUGUACAUAAUAUAUUCCUGUUUCUCUCAUCACCUGAUUUUGACCGUGUUCAAUUACGAAUUCUGGUCCGAUCGUCAAUCAAAUUUGUUCAACAUGCGAGCCUCGCUAUUUAUCUUACACGUUUGAUAACACUACGUAUAGUUUUUCCUAAUUGUUUUCUAUCACGUCACCUAUACUACUUUUCAAUUACAAAAACAAAAAAAACAAAAAAAGGUUACUGAAGUUGCCAUCUAUUAUUAUGAUUAUUAUUAUUAUUAUUAUUGAGUCGUAUGUUUUAUUAAGACUUUGUUCUUUCGAGGAUUUUAGACCGAUGCUACACCAGCGAAAAAUUAAAAUACAAUUUUAAACACCUUACUGUUUAUUCCAAGUUCCAGCGCAAUAUCGCAGCUGGAAGCAAAAAGAUGAAAAACUUUUUAACUGAGCCAUAUAAUAAAUAAGUUUUUCUACAAGCAGCUAUAGAUUAAAGUUUUUCACGUGGAAGCCGUAACUACUUCUUGUCCGUGUUAAAAAGAAUAAAAGAAAAAAAAAAAAACAAAACAACGAUACCAGUGAAAUUAGCAGCGUGGAAAAUCGACGCUCAAUAACGUAAAAUAAAUAAAUAAAUUGCGGGUGACAGUUAAGGUGCUCUAGGUUAAUAAAUUCAUAUCAAUUAGAUCGCAGGUAUUGCAUUGUUCUAAAAUUCUCCUAUGUAACUCCUUGAGUUACACUAAUAUUAUGUGAUAUAGCAUAUCAAUCGGAUGUUAAUGAAAAAAAUAUGAAA